CCACCACUACCAGCACCGGCGUCUCUACUGCCCCUCGCUUCGAGCCCCCUUCCUCCGUCCAGCUUCCGCCCCGCGCCAUGGCUUGCGGCGCCACUUUGAAAAGGACUCUGGAUUUCGACCCGCUGCUGAGCCCGGCGUCCCCGAAGCGGAGGCGAUGUGCGCCAUUGUCAACCCCGGCCUCGGCCGCCGCCUCCUCCUCCUUCGCCGCCGCCUCUCCGCAGAAAUACCUGCGCAUGGAGCCCUCGCCUUUCGGAGAGGUGUCGUCCCGGCUCACCACAGAACAAAUUCUGUACAACAUAAAACAGGAGUACAAACGCAUGCAGAAGAGGAGACACUUAGAAAAUACCUUUCAACAGACAGAUCCUUGUUGUUCUACUGAUGCACAGCCACAUGCAUUUCUCCUUACUGGACCAGCUUUGCCAGGUACUUCAUCUGCAGCAUCAUCACCAUUGAAAAAAGAACAGCCCCUGUUUACUCUCAGACAAGUUGGAAUGAUCUGUGAACGUUUGCUGAAAGAACGUGAAGAGAAAAUCCGUGAAGAGUAUGAAGAAAUUUUGACCACAAAACUUGCAGAACAAUACGACGCAUUUGUGAAGUUCACGCAUGAUCAGAUCAUGCGACGAUAUGGAGAACAGCCUGCCAGUUAUGUUUCAUGAAUCACACUUUCUGCAUAUGUGGGCUGCCCUAUACACCCUGUUUUAUUGUUGCAAGCUGUCCCAGUAAAGACUUGCAGCAAUGCCAUAUUUUUUUCCCCCUGUGAACACAGGUUAUUUCAAGCUUUUGUCAGUGGCAACCACUCUUAUGCAGCAACUGGUUUUGGAGUGCUCCCUGAUGUCAGUACCACCUGGAUGUGGACCUUUGCUACCUGUAAUAAUACCAGUGGCCUCAUUUGCUGUAUCAUUACAAUUUGGCUUCUUAUGUUAAUAAGUUUGAAAAAGUAAAGGAUUAAAGCUGGUGUUCUAGAAGUUGCCCUUCACUGGUUGUGUAAAUAAAAAUGUAGAAUGACACUUCUGACUGAAGUUAGUGUGGUUUUCAUAACUGUGCACUACAAGAAAGCUGUAAUCACAGUUAAGUUAGAAUGUAAUCCCAGGACAAUUUUAAGCAAAUAGCCCACAGUACUGCCUGUGAAAUAGUGAAGGAGGGCAUUUCUGUAUUCCAUGACUUUUUGGGGGUUAAGAAUGGGUUUAUAUGAUUUCUCAUUUUUGUAGUUUUUAUUUAUUCUAUCAGUCUUUAACAAAUGUUUAUUGCUGCAAUUUUUCAGUGUAUCAUUGUUUUACUGCCCUUGUAGUACUGGAAUUUAGU